AUGGGAACAUGGGCGCUAUAUCCGCUCAGGCAACAUCAACAGGGCAAACAGCUAAAUAUAGAAAGGUUCAAUACAAGUCCAGGGUUGAGGGGGAAAACCACUGAUUUCUCUGUAACGUUGAGAUUUUUGAAUGCUGGUUUGUGUUUCUCUGCUCAUCAGAGGGGCCUCUUGUACCAGGGCGUGCACGGCGGCAGCUCCAUGGUAGCCAUGGGYAAGGCAGGCUUCUUGAGUCACAGUUUGGGAGGAUACGGCCUUCCCUCCUCUGGAACCUCUGAUUACAGCCAGUCUGGUUUUUACCACUCUGUAAGUUUACAGAGAGGAAUGGUAAAUCCYUGGCAACCAACACAAGCAUCUCAUGAGUCUCAUGGGCCUCAUAUAAGUUCAGGAAUGUCCAGCGGGGGGUGCUCCUUCCCUUCCCAGCCGUGCUCCUCAAACUCCUCACAUCUGCCCUCCUUCAACCUCAGCAUCAAAUCUGAGCGCAGCUCUCCUGACCACAUGUCCUCGCCUCCCUCGCCCUCCCUGCACCACCUCAGGCAGCGCUCGCCCGACGUGGCUCGCCGGUCCCCUCCAGAGAGCCACCCGGCCAAUAGGACGAAGGAGUUUCCCAAGGCCAGCUACCUGCAGGGCCAGGAGGAGAAAGGCCAGCCGCUCAGGCAGUUAGAGUUGAGCAACAGCUGGCAGAGAUAGCCACCAGCUGUUCGACAGCUGCCAAUCGAACCAGAGUGGUCCGGAAGUGUCCUCCCUCCAGUGUGGGACAUGUCUCCUUGUCCCCUCACACAGAGCUGGUCUCUUCUGGCAGGUGGGAGUAAUCUUCCACGCAUCUCUUCCUUUACCCCAUAAGGAGMCACAUGCAUUCAGACUUCAGCAUUUUUUCUUCUUCUUCUUUUAAUUUGUGUGGUGAACAAAAUAUAGUUUUUUUUUUUGCAACUUUAUAAAUUUAGCUGCAGCAGCAAAAUGGGACCAGCUGAGUUUCUCCAAAAGUUAUAAAUGUAUCCGCAGACUUUUAAAAGAGUUAAAAGAAAGGUUUGAAUUCCUGUCUGGUCUACCUUAGAUUUGAUGGUAACGGCUGAAAAUUUGAUCCUUUUUAAAGAAAAUAGAAAAUCUUUCUUAUUGAUGUCAUUUAAAUUUAAAAGAAGUGGCCUUAUCGGGGAGAUUCAGUUACUCAUUCUUUGAUGAGAUCAAAGUAUCAUUUUCAAGAAAACUUGGAGUCAGAAUAUAUUUAAUAAAUAAAMCAUUAUCUUCUAUACUAUCUGACUCAGGCCACUAAAUACAAACAAAGAGAGAACUCGAACUAGAGUGUUUUUAGUUUUGAAGUGCACUCUCCAAAAAUCCAUGGUAAUAUAAUUCAUUUAUCCUAAAAUAGUCACAGCUAGAAAAAAGUACUUGGGGGGUGAAACAAAAACUAAGUAAAAGUAAAAAAAUACCACACGAA